GUUCCUUUGUUCUUUGGGUCCGAGUUUGGUCGCACUAGCGGCGGUUACUGUGCGAAAUUUUGCUGAUUGUCUUAAGUUUCCGUUCACAACUCCAUCAGUCCAUUAGCUUUGAAUUUCAAAUCCAUAGACACUGAGCCAGCAUUGAUGAGUUUGAUGACUGAUGAGAUACACCAAAGUCGAGAACUGAUUCUCAAUAAUUUUUCCCCAUAUCUUUGAACCACAUAACUACUUGAGCAAAAGCUGCAACAAAUAUUGAAAACCAGUGUGGUUUGAACUUUGGGUGGGUUGCUUAUCUUUCUUUUUCCAUGGCCAACCUGAUUCGCGCAAAUGUGGACAAUGAAAUGGUCAAAGCUGUUGCUGCAGUUGUCUUCAAGGGGCACUGGGACAAUCUUUUGAAGCCUAAGAUCGGUUCAUUUGUGACUUCCACCACUAUUAGCCAAGCUCUUCUUCAUAUAUCGCAAUAUUAUUUCUCCCUCUCAUGGUCAUUCUUUCAGUGGGCUGAAUCAGUUCCCAAUUACAAGCAUUCAUUGCAAUCCUCUUGGACUAUGAUUUACAUACUCACCAAACAAAAACACUUCAAAACUGCACAAGACAUGCUUCAGAAGGUGGCGGUCAAAAACUUUUUAUCAUCACCGACAGUUCUGAAUGCGCUUGUGAGAUCUAAUAUGAAUAAUGAUGUGAACUCACAUCUUUUAAGUUGGUUGGUGAUAUUCUAUGCUAAUUCAAAACUACCCCAUGAUGCAAUUCAAGUUUUUGAGCAUAUGAGGGUUUGUAAGCUUAUGCCCCAUACACAUGCUUGUACUACCCUUCUGAAUUCAUUGGUCAAGGAUGGGUUGACUGAUACUUUGUGGAAAAUUUACAAAAAGAUGCAAAAAAUAGGGGUCCUUCCGAAUAUCUAUAUCUAUAACGUGCUUAUGCAUGCCUGUUGUAAGUCCAGUGAUGUAGAGCGGGCUGAUGAUUUAUUGAGAGAAAUGGAGUUUAAAGCUACACUGCCUGACCUUUACACUUAUAACACAUUGAUAUCAUUGUACUGCAAGAAAGGCAUGCAUUAUGAAGCUUUGUGCGUGCAGGAUAGGAUGGAAAGAGCAGGAGUAUGUCCUGAUAUUGUAACCUAUAAUUCCUUAAUUUACAGUUACUGCAGGGAAGGGAGGAUGAGGGAGGCUUUGAGACUUUUCAAGGAAAUUAAAGGUUCUACCACUAACCUGGUUACUUACACCACAUUGAUAGAUGGAUAUUGCAGAGCCAACAAUGUUGCUGAAGCUUUAAGAUUGAAAGCCGCAAUGGAGGCAAAGGGUUUGUAUCCUGGGGUUGUUACUUACAACUCAAUUCUUCGGAAAUUGUGUGAGCAAGGCCAGAUGAAGGAUGCAAAUAUACUAUUAAAUGAAAUGAAUGAGAAGAAAGUCAUACCUGAUAAUGUGACUUGCAACACUUUGAUUAAUGGUUACUGCAAGAUCGGGGAUAUGAAAUCUGCUCUUAAGGUGAAAAAUAAGAUGUUGGAAGGUGGACUAAAACCUGACCGCUUCACUUACAAUGCUAUGAUUCAUGGAUUUUGUAAAGUAAAGGAUACAGAUGGGGCCAAAGAAGUAUUAUUUGACAUGGUUAGGGUUGGACUUUUUCCUAGCUACUGCUCAUAUUCGUGGCUUGUGGAUGCUUACUGCCAUCUGAAUAAUGAGGUAGCGGUUGUCUCAUUGCCAGAUGAGUUUGCAAGAGGAGGUCAUCUUGUUGAUGUUUCCUUUUAUAGGGCAAUUAUAAGGAGGUUGUGCAGGAGAGGUAAAAUUGAUGGUGCUGAAAAAGUUUUCCACAUUAUGCAAACAAAUGGAGUGCUUGGAGACAGUCUAAUAUAUGCUACUCUUGCAUAUGCUUACUUUAUGGUAGGGAAGGUUGAUGCUGCGUCAUAUUUGUUAGACGACAUGUACAAAAGAAGGCUAAUGAUAACCCUAAAAAUGUACAAAAGUUUUAAUGCUUCUUACUCUGAUGAGAAUACCCUUUUAGAUAUGUUUUGGAGUAAUGUGGUGCAAAGAGGUCUGAUUUCCAGAACUGUUUACGAUGAAAUCCAGUCAUGCAAUUCUUAGCUAUCUGGCUUGUGCAUUUCCAGGAAUUGCAGAUCAUUGUACAUUGUUUGGUGUAAAUAUCGAUGCGGGCAAGUUUUUACCCGAACAAACCAAAGAAGCACUCCAACAGAAAAGAAGAACAAGUAACACAUUAGCAGAUUGGAAAAUACCUGCUCAACAACAGCACCGAAUAAUAAACAAGCCCUAUAUAAAUUUGAGAAGAGAUGAAUGUGAAAACACAGAAGUCGUCAAUCAGAAUCUAUGUACUGUACCAACUUAUCUGAAAAAGAAAAAAAAGUACAUCUAUGGUGCCUAUGAACAGUGUUGCUCUUAAUUCUUAGUGAUAGACUAAUGUACACACUCUUAGGUUGUAUAAAUGCUUAUCCUGGUUAGUGUUUGCUUUAACUCCUCUUUCUUACACUGUCCUAUUGAAGGUACCCUGCUGACUUAUACAAAAGAGCAAAGGUAGACUCUGUGUUGGAUUGGCAUCACUCAAACUUGCAUCGGGGUACCGCUGGAUAUAUCUUUGAUACUGUUCUCGCUCCUGCUUUUGGGUUGACUUUGAAUCCACAAGCAGCAGCAGAAGCUGAGAAAGUCCUUUUGGCAUCUCUUGCAAAUAUCUAGUCUGUUUGGCUCCAGAGAAAAGGACGGUUUUUGCUUGGGAGUGGCCAACCUUCAAUUGCAGAUCUUAGCUUAGUGUGUGAGAUUAUGGAACUUGAGGUAAGGAGAUUUUCCCUUUUCCUGCUGUUUCUUUACAUCUUUUGAUCCAGAACAUAAAUUAUCACGAGGCAAAUCACAAGCAUUUGAAACCAAGGCAAAGGAUAUGCAGUGUGAAUUAACUGCAGCAAAAGACAAGCUGGAAAAAUCAAGGACAGAGAAAUCUACGGCACAUGAUCAGAGAGAGGUAACAUCUACCCCGAAUUCACCUUUGUUGUCAUUAGCCAAGCAAAUUGAGAAGGAAAAACGUGUGUUGGUUUGUCGGUUGAAAAAAUGCCAUUCAGAAGUUGCAAAAACAAAGAGGUGUUGAAGUGAUUUCAACAAAAGAUUUGCCACCUGUUUCUCUUGGGAAGCAACUAGAAGGAAAAGUGCAUGUUUAUGCAUUGUCUGAAGUAAAAUCGCGGGGCCAAUGACAGGAGUGGUAGAUCAGAACUUUCUUCUGUUGGGAUAAGAAAAGAACAUUCUUGCAGCAAAAAAUCAGGAGUACUAAAAGGCCACCAUUUAGAGAUGUUGGGAAUUCAUCACCAUUAUUGUUGAGGCAAAAUAGUAAAGCUGUUUACCCUUUGCACAGCCCUUAAAGCUGAGUAAGCCAAAUGUCUCUUUGUCUUGGAAGUUUUGUGAUGUUAUUUGUCUUCUUCAAGUGAUUAUUUGCUUAGUAUUGAUUGGUGCAAGCCUUUUGUAGAGCAAACAGUUUUGGUAGUAAUAAGAGUAUUUGCAUUGC